AUGCUAUCCAGCACGCUGUGGAUCCGGACCUGGUUCGGCGGCGCAGAUCAGGCCAGCCAAGAUGCCGCGGACAGCGCGUACGGACGGCUCCGACGGGAGGUCCUGCAACAGGGCCGCGAGAAUUACCAUGUUUCCUGCAUCUGCGAGGAGUUCGUUUUCGAAGAUCGGAGGGAGUUGAGUUGUGAUGCAGAGGGCCCGGAUGUCGUGGGAGGCAUUGCGGCCGGACGUCCGGGCUCUGUGCCUGGGUAUCUUAUUGCGGUGAUGAUGCACUGUCCUGAGCUGUUCGAGGGGACGUCGGAUGACGAUUGGCGGCAUUUUAGCGGGGACCAGCGGGCAGAAGAACUACAGGGGAGUGAUCGGUCGCAGGCUGCGCUGGUUAUUGUGGCGGAUCGAAAGGCCUGCGAGGAGGGCUGGGUACUUCUGCUGGCUGUGAAUCAUCGAGGCCAGAUUCUCCCGUUCAGGGUGCGCGAAAAGGCGAGGGAGACGGCUCAGCAUGCGGUCAAUUGGCUGGAGGGACAGCCUCUGUCCGAGAUUGCUUUUGAGGAGGAUGAGAAUGCAGAGUUCUACAUGGGGGAAGGGGAUGGCUGGGAUUAG